UAAAUCGCUCCCCACAUAAACAUGUUUGCUCUAUUUAUUCCAAGUAACCCAGCAAUAAUCGCAGGCACAAAUACAGAAAAUACAUAUGAUGUAACAAAUGGAAACCUCUGUCUCUCUCUCUCUCUCAGGAUCUCGGAGCGACUGCGCAUCGCUGGCAGCCUCCUCUUCAUCCUCUUCUUCUUCAUCCUCACCGCCGUCCUCGUCAAGGUCCCCAUGGAGCCCGGGGUCUUCUUCUCGGUCACCAUGGCGACCAUCUGGUUCAUCAACUCCUUCGGCGCGGUGCUCCAGGGCUCUCUCUUUGGGCUGGUGGGUUUGCUCCCGCAGAAGUACAGCACCCUGUUCAUGAGCGGGCAGGGGCUGGCCGGGACCUUCGCUGCCCUCGCCAUGUUGCUGGCUCUCUCCAGUGGGACAGACUCCGAGACGGCCGCUCUGGGGUACUUCAUCACCCCCUGCGUCGGAACCCUGGUCUCUGUGGCUUCUUACCUGCUCCUGCCUCAACUGGAGUUUGCCCAGUUCUACUUGAAUAAAAGUAAUCAGAAAAAAAACUAUGAGCUGGAGAGCAACGACACACUGCUGAAUAAAGAGAGCGCCGCCCUGCAGGAGGACGGGAAGCAGAAAUCCUCCCUGUGGGAUGUGCUGAAGCAGAUCCGGGUCAUGGCCUUCUGCAUCACCUUCGUGUUCACCGUCACGCUGUCUGUGUUCCCCGCAGUAACUGUGGACGUGAAGACCGUGUACACAGGAGGCUGGGAGCGCUACUUCACCCCAGUCUGCUGUUUCCUGGCCUUCAACGUGAUGGACUGGGCUGGAAGAACAGUCACCUCUUUUGUGAGAUGGCCCCGGAAGGAGAGCCCUCUGUUCCCGGGGCUGGUGUGCUGUCGCGUGGUGUUCAUUCCCCUGCUCAUGCUGUGCAAUGUGCAGGAGCGGUCCUAUCUGCCUGUGCUGUUCUCCCACGACAUCGUCUUCGCUCUCCUCAUGCUGCUCUUCUCCCUCAGCAGUGGCUACUGCGUCUGCCUCUCCAUGUCCUACGCCCCACAGUUGGUCAAGCCGCAGGAUGCAGAGACGGCUGGGGCUCUUAUGACGUUCUUCCUGGCUCUGGGGCUGUCGCUGGGGGCCGCUCUGUCCUUCCCUCUGCGAGCGCUGGUGUGAACGAGACCCCCGAGAUACGGAGAGGAGGAGUAGGGGGCUGCCAGAGGGAGGGAGCACGUGGGAGAGAGAUUAAGAGGGUGAGAGAGAGAGAGAGAGAGAGAGAGGGAGGAAGAAUGGUCUUGCAGGCAUGACGGGGCACUACAGCGGCAGUGCAAAGACUACUGACAGGAACACAAGAGCAAUGGGACUAGAAGACUUUCUUAAUGUCCUGAAGACACUGAUUUUUAUUUAUUUAUUAAUUUUUUCCCCCAUGCGUUUCGAAUCUUAACGUUUAUCAAAGAAUUUUUAUUUGUUAGGGUUGAAAAAACAGUGGAAACUUCAUAUGUUCCCACUGCCCGAGCGGUUAAAAUCCUGCUCUUUUUUAAAUUAUUUUAAAAGGGAUUUUGCAAGCUGCUGACGAAGGGAAUUAUAUAUAAAAAUACUGUCUAUUAAGGCCAGAUAGUCUGUGUGACUUACAGUACCAGUACAGUUACUAAUAACUCGUACAUUAUUUAUUGUGGAUAGGGUGCCAUUAUUGUACAGUUCUUAGUAUUCAAAGUUCACUGCAGGUUUAUAUACAAUCCAGAAUGUGUCCUUGGAAUUGUAGAUGCAUUUUUGGUUCUUAUUUUAGUUUAGAUACAGUAGCUGAAUUUUGACUGUUAGGAACCCUGCCCACUUUGCUGAAGCGCUAUAACCUCACUUCCUGUGUUACGGAGAAUAAGACCCCCCCCCUAAAACAACAUGGUUUUACUUAUAGGGCUGAGAGAAGUUAUAGUCCCUU